AGCCGGAACCUCCCUCUUCCCGGCGGCAAAACCUUGAGGAAAUAUUUUCUUUUUUAAACAGAUAAAUUCAUGAGAUAAGAAAAAGGAUGGCAUCUAGAGUAAAUACCAGUUUCACUUUGAUUCCCAACCAGAAAUACAGACGUAGUAAUCAUCGAUCCAGCCGUUUUUCCAACAUCCUUGACCCAGAUUCUCAGCCCUUAUCAACGCUUGGAAGUUUUAAAGCCUUGCCAUUGGAAAUAUUCCAAAUAAUCUUAAGAUGUUUGUCAGUGAAGGAUAUCAGCAUGCUAAGCAUGGUGUCCAAAACAGUCAGCCAGCACAUUAUUAAUUAUAUCUCAACCUCAUCAGGAAGCAAAAGACUUUUACUACAGGACUUUCAUAACCUUGAGCUGCCUGACAGGAGACAAGACUCCACUAUAUUGGAACACUACAGAUCUCUAGGUCUACUGUUUAAAAGAUGUACAUUGCUGCUACCCACAAAGGAAAGACUAAAGUACAUUCACAAGAUACUCGCAGAAGUCUCCUGUUUUAAAUUUAACGGCUGUGUAGCUCCAUUGCAAUGUUUAGGAUUACCAUGUUAUGGCAUGUUUUUACAGACCUUAACAGCAGGAUGGGAUGAACUUGAGUGCCAUCGUGUUUAUAACUUCUUAUGUGAGCUGACUAAUCUCUCCCGCAAGAUGCAGACAGUUGUCUGCAGCAAACCAGGAAAUGCCCGAAAACUGGAGUUAAGGAUCAGACUGUUCUGUAGGAACGUUCUUCUUGAUCAUUGGACCCAUCGAAGUGAUUCUGCAUUUUGGUUGACGUGUAUAUUAAAACCAUGGCCAAUGGUGAAUCAGGCAAGAUUACUGUAUAUCAUCUUUGGACCAGUAGCUCCUCAAGAUGGACAGGUGGUUUGGCAGAAAAUGAUAGAAGGACCUGCAGAUGAACCCAGUCUGAAAGGUUUGGCUGAUGCCAUUAAAUUACUAUAUGAUACAGGCACCAAAGAAUGGACAGCAGAUGAUGUUAUCAGUCUUGUAGAUGAACUAUCAGUGGUUCCCCGUGAGUGGCUUCUAGAGAAUAAUGCACAUCUCCUAAUCCUAAGUGGGAACAGCAUCUGUUUCACUUUCAUGGCUAGUAAAGCUGUGAAUGGACGGGCCAUUGAACUGGCAAGGCUGAUAGUCUUUUUGGCUUUGGUAUGUGAGAAAGAACUAUACUGCAUGGAUUGGGCAGUUAAAAUGACGCGAAAAGUCUGUAAAGUCUUCAGCACUCCAGUGGAAAGAAAUAACUUCCUGCAGAGUGUGGCAAAUGCAUUUGCGUAUGUGAUCAUGGAAAUGCUACAAUCAGUUAUGUCUGGAGACCAUGAUGAAGACGACAGAAGCUUUCUGAAUUUGUUCCAUCUUGUGCAUGCUCAGGCUAACUUCCAUAAGGAGGUCCUGUAUUUGACCAUGAAUACUCUCUCCACCUAA